UACCCCCAAUCACACACGUGUGGGCAUAUAGCAAUACUUAUACGUUGAAAUAAGCUCUGCUAACACUAUUGCUGGAGCCAGUGUAGGGAAGGAAGGGGUGUCACUGUUACCUCCAGUGCCCUAUGACCUAGUUUGUCCUUAAUCCGGUCAGAUCACACAUUGUUCAGGUCUGCCCCGAGCAUCCCCCUGCUGCUCAUUGUAUAGGGGGAACCCCGCUCUCGCCCGGGCACUAGCAGGACCCUAUCCGGACGGCUCCUCGUGUGGAUUCCUCCAGGUGCAGCAAGUCGCUGGGGCUGAGCGCAGCAUGAGCUCGAGGGAAGGAGCCCGCCAGUCCUCCUCGGUGGAGCAGCCUGCCUCCCCUUCACAAUCACCGAAGAGGGGACGAGGGAGACCCCGGAAACCGCAAAAAGAGCCUGUAGCUGGGGAACCCUCUCCUAAAAGACCAAGAGGAAGACCCAAGGGAAGCAAAAAUAAAAGUCCCUCCAAAUCCGCACAAAAGAAAGAAGAAACCAGCGGGGAAAAACGUCCAAGAGGCCGUCCAAGAAAAUGGCCACAACAAGAGAAAAAAUCUGGUGAGGAAGAAACUGAAGAGACCUCAUCACAAGAAUCAGAAGAAGACUAAACGACCACCAAACUCAAGCUCUACCUCAACCAGCAGUUGGGUUUCGUAGGUUCAGAUUCAGCACCUUCAGUGCAUCUGAGCCUUGGAAAGGAAAAUACGCUGCCUUGACCACUUAAUUUCUGCUACCAGUCUUUUUGUAUUAACUUUUUUGUUUUGUUUUGUUUUGUUUUUUUGAUUUGCCAUGGGGAUGGUGGAGCAGAAUCACACAAUUUUUUUUGAAAAAACGUUUGUUGAUCACUUUCUUUUGUAAUCCCUUUGCUGUCCCAGGUUUAAAAACUGCUGUAACACAGGGGAUACAAAUUGUUUGGUUUUUUUCCUUUAUAAAUACAGUUUGGGAUUUUUUUUUCUUUUUCUUCCUUAACCUACUAAUAGCUAAAGGUGUAUGGGUGAAAUUAUCUUAAUCCACUUUAGUCAUUCACUGCACUGCAUGCAGACAAAGAAACCUGCAACAAAUUGUAUGUUUUCAAGGGCAUUCAAAUGGGAAAGGCUUGGUGUGUGAAACUGUGUGUAGGCCUUAAAUUAAAACACACCAAACCUCUCUAACAUGGGGAAAAAAACUCCCUUUUAUAUAGAACACCAAAGAUAAGGGAUGAAGUCUAUAUUUUUCCAAGUUUUUUUUUGUUUGUUUGUUUUUGUCUUUUUAUUUGUUUUUUUUAAUUUUAUUUUUAUAUAUGGCAGAAAUCUUCCUCGGUUCACAUAUCACAUUAGUCUGCAUAGGGAAAAGGAAACAUAAUUACCAUAUCUAAUUUGCCUUUUAAACAAGAUUUUGCAGCAUUAUAUUAAUAUAGUGUAGAACAAAAUAUUGGUACAGGUAAAUAAAUGAAAAACAAAAUUCAAUAGGUAUAAAUUUUCUGAGCUGUGUGUGAACAAAGCCAAAAUUUGAUAAAGUUAGUUGGUAGACCUUAAGAGUAAUGCAUCUACAUCAUUGCCAGAUUGGUGAAAACUAUACUCAAGGACAGUGUUUCCCAACCCAAUUGUUAAGGUGUACCAGCCAUCCAGGUUUUGUCGGUAUCCCCAUUGGAAAAGAACUGGGGAAAAGCCCAAAUCCUUGACUGUUGGUGUACGUUCAUGAUUGGGUUGGAAAACCUUGCUCAAAGUGAAGUCUGCCUUCUCCCAAAGAGUGUGUACAAAGCCAA